CCAUCGCGAAAUACCAAGACUCUUAUUGUCUCCUAUCUGUCGGGAAUAACCUGAAUUGGUUCUGUGCUGUACCUCAUAGUCGCCUCACUUAAUCCCUCGUAUCAUCCAUACAACUGUCAAGAUGAGUCUCAUCGCAGGCCUGGAUCUCUCCAAGAACUAUUCGCUCUUUACGGUUCCCGCGGCGUUUCUGCUAUGCAUGCUCCCCGGUGCCUUUGCCUAUUCCCUGGCAGGCAAGUCUUUUGACCCUGCCAAUCCGCGGCAAUUUAGGGCAACUAUUCUCGCCGACGAAAAGCUGGAGAAAAUCCAACAACAGCGCAUCAUCCGUGCCCAGAGCGCCCAGGAAAACGGCUUUGAGACUAUUGGCUUGUAUGCAUCCGGUGUGCUGGCAGCAAACUACGCUGGCGUCGAUGUGCGGAUGCUCAACCUGUUGACGUUUGGUUAUCUCGCCUCCCGUGUUGCAUACAUCUUUGCAUAUAUCGUCUUGUGCCAGAACCGAAAGCUGGCGCCAGUGAGAUCGCUUUGCUGGGCAGCAGGAUCGGCCAUCUUGGUGUCUCUGUGGGUCAUGGCUGGGCAGAAUGUGAAUCUGAAGCUUUGAGUUGGUUUUUGGUUUUCUUUCCCUUGGAGUUUCUAAAUGAAGUCAAUAAAGAAUGGAUAUUUGGUCUUGCUUUG